AGUGAGACAUAGAUAAAGAGAGAGGCAAUGGAGAGUAGUAGGAGCACUAGCAGGCUUAAACAGCGACUCGCUCGCAUGUUUAAGCCCUCUUCUGUUCUCCGCUCCACCUGCAACGGUUCCACCUCCGCUGCCACCAUCCUGAGCUCCACCGCCUCGAGCCGGACCCUUUUGCACGACGUCGCCCGUGAGCCCGUCUUCGUCCCCGGCCACCACCGUCACCGAGGUGUCGAUGAUGAUGGUAUGUUUUUAGCCCAUAAUGGUCGUCGUCAUAUAGCUCCCGUCUUGCGGCUCGCCAUAGAUUGUGAAGGUUGCCGACCCACCAGAGAUCUUCCUCCUUUCAUGGCCAAGAAUGAGAAGGGGAGACAUGGGAAGAAUAAGAAGAAGGAGAGGAGAGUGAGGGAGACGGGUGGGUUCUACGUGACAGGAGAGGGGGAGGGGAGGAUGUGCCCUCCAGCUUCCCCUUCCUCUCCGUCAAAGAGUUCUUAUUACUACUAUUGCUUCAAUGAAGUGGAGAAAGAUGAUCAGAAAAAGGUGGAGAGGAAUAAGAAGAAAAAGAAGAAGAAGAAGAAGUUACUGUCGCAUAGUUAUGGAAUCAGUAGCUCUUCUUCUGUGAACACUGAUGAUGGAUUCGAGUUCUUUACUAGUGAAGAUCAAGGAGAGGGUAAGGAGGAGGAGACCGAAACUUUCUUCUCAUCGAGGAGCUUCUCCUCUGAUUCCUCCGAGUUCUACCAGCGUCCCAUGCCCAAUGCUAAGAAGAAGAAUAAUAAGAAGGCGUCUCGAUGUCCACCAAGAAGAAGAUCAAAGAAUCACGACAAUCGGAAUGCCCACGAGGGGUUUCGGCCCUUGGUUUAUUCGAUAGCCUCGAGGAAGAAGGUGAAAGAGUUGGAGGAGGAGAAGAGAGGGUUUGCGGUAGUGAAGAGGUCGAGCGAUCCUUAUGGUGACUUCCGGAGCUCGAUGGUGGAGAUGAUCAUUGGGAGACAAAUCUUCGAGGCAGAGGAUUUGGAGAGGCUCCUCCAUUCUUACCUCUCUCUGAACUCCCCUCACCACCACCCAAUCAUCCUCCAGGCUUUUUCUGAUAUAUGGGUAGUCCUCUUCGCGGUCACUGAUUGUCCAAAUCUGAUGUAAGGUUAUGGUCUUUCUCUUAUUGUUGGAAUGUUUACUCUUUACUGGGUGUUAGUCACUGACUGCAAUAUCUGUCUGCUGUUUGUGAGUAAUCUCUCAAAGAUCUCUGUUACU